UAAACCUCCACAGCUAGUGGAUUAUUGUGAAACGGGGAUUAACAACUCUGGCUCUUCCUUGCCUUUCUACAAGUGCAUUGUCAUGUUCAGUUCAGUGCUAGCUUCAUCCUACUGAUUAUAUUAUCCCUACACACAGCAUUCGGUCAUGGAGACCCCGCCAGCCAUCAUGUCGAGUCCUACGAAAGCGCUCAAUCCCCUCUCUCCGGAGCGAAUGAAUCAACAAAUGAUGCCCGGCUCGCCGUCAUUACCAUCCGAAAUUCGAGGUUUUCAGAAUAAAAGCUCAAGAGGUAACUCAGAUGUCCAAGGGAAAAUAGCCUUUCUCAACAAUUUAUCGCGUGGGAAUAGCCCAGCAGCUGGAGCAGGCUCAGGGGGAACCACGGCAGCCCUCCAACGGGCCCUCCUUGGACGCGAAGAAGCAGAGUCUGCGCUGGCCAGCGCCUCCUCCCAACUUUCUGAUGCCCAAUCGCGAGAACGUCGCCUGACUGAGCGGUUGGAUUCAUUGAUGGAAGAGUUCCACAACACAAAAGAACGACAAGCCCAUGAAAGAUCGGUAUUUGAGAAGGAAAUUCGAAAAGCAAGGAAAGAGGCGUUCCGCGCGGGCUCAACCGUGGUGAAGAUGCAGGAGGAAUUGAAACAUGCCCGAGCAGAAGCCAAGAUGUUAAAGGAGGAAAUUCAGGUCGAGCGAGAGUCCAAAGAUAAGGCGCGGCAAGAGGCAUUCGAGCGCGCUUAUGCACUUGCUGGUCUCACAGAGGAACUCGAGGUUCUAAAAGGACGCCUGCGGUCCGUUGAAGCGAACAGCCAUUCCGACAACCUCGAAGCUCAGGCGAAGAAGAUGAACCGCGAAGACAUUGGAAGGAUGUCACUUGCAGAAGGCGACCUUGCCAUGUUUUUGACACCGACACCUAGGAGGCCUAAGAGAUAUGCCGAGGAUUCCGUCAACUCACCGUUAUCGCGUUCCGCCGAUCAAACCCCGGUACAGCAGACUCCCCCGAAAAGGCAGAGGCUGUCAGAUGUUACUGUUCACCCAGAAGAAGAUACCGCUGAGCUCGAUGCUCAACAGGAUAUUAUCGGCGAGCUUAAGGAUGUUCUCAAGCACGAAAAGCGGCUAAGAAUUUACGCAGAGGACAUGGUGCACUUCUUGCAGAUGGAAUGCGAAUUCAAGAGGUGCGCUUGCCGUCUUAUGGAGGGCGGAGAGGCAGAUCAUACUCACGAAAUCGAGGCAACAAAUGUGCAUGAGAAUGAAGUAACAGAAAACCCAGAAAGUGAUGGAAAUCACGCUACCCUUGAAUCGAACCAAGCACAGCACCUUGACCCAGCUGGCAGUACACCUGUUCCGACUUCGCCUGCUGUCGAUGCUGAACCAGCUGUUAAAAAGGAAAAAGAUGAACAAAAUCAGGAGCCCGUGAUUACUUUCUCGCCUGUGACCGGAACAUUCCGCGCUUUCCCAUCUCCUAUUCGAGAUAACAAUAAGAGACGUCAAGAUUCCGAGGCUUUCCAAGCAUUGGGACCCCAAUUCCAUGUUCAUGAUGAACUUCAGCGACCACCAGUUAGAUUCUCAACAGAAGGGUCUGAAAACGCCAUCGAAACAGAUUCUCCCAUCCGAACCGUUUCCCCCACCCCCACUCCCAUGAGAGCUAUUCGCAAAUCCCGGGCCACGCCUCAAGUGAUAUUAGAGCAUGGCGCUGAAGAUGAAUUUGACCAGGAAAAUAUCGCAACUACGAAUGUUCCCUUGAACACAGAGCCACGGUCAUCAAACCAGUUCGAUAAGAUCGAAGGAACAUCAGUUAGCCGGGAAGAGGCAUUAGCACAAAUCAGAGCUCGAAGAGGGCGCGCCAACAGCAUGAAGCGGUCUAUAAGCUUGAGUGAGAGUCAACUCCGCUCUGGGGGCAUGGGAGUAACGCCAGUUCGAACUGCUAAGCGAACUCCUGGCAUUGAAAACUCCAAUGCUAAAAGCCAGCGCGACUCGGUGAGGAGCCGAAGAGACCUCAGUGCUCCAGUCAGGAUGCUCCGGUAGCGAUGCUUUGAUUUCUCAAGAGUCUGACGAAGUGAACUGAAAACUGAAAUAUCGGAGUUUCUCUUUUCUGGGCCUUUUCUUGGUUAUUGCGCUGGUUGUCUUUGGAUACCCUGGCGCUCCAAGUGGAACGGCGUUUUUCAUUGGAAUUUCAUUACUGGGGCAUUUAUCAUUUUUUUUCAUACCAUGAUUCAUGUAAUUGGUUAUCAAUUUUGUGUGCUCUUUCACUGUCUUUAUGUGCUUGCAUGGCGUUUUAAGGAGAAAUUCUUUAUCUGCAGUUGAUUACAAUGGGCUUUUUUAUGCUUUCUUCAACUCUAGCGUUCAUCCCAACUCCUUGUAUGCCUCGAUAUCUCCUCGAGCCAUAGGUCACUCAUUCUCAACCUUUUCCUUGUCUACCCAUCAUUUGAAGUAUAUAUUUGCCUUUCAUGUUUAAUUAUGAGAUACAAAAUAAUAGGAAUCCUCUUCUCUUUUAA